UGCCGCUCCUCUUGCAGCCAAAAAAGUCGGGAGCUGAAUAAGGAAAUGAAGCGUAAUUUGAGGAAGAUGGAUGAGUCUUGAGGGUAACACCCCCUCCCAUCCCUUCUCUCCCUCGCAUGAUGAGCCUAGUGAGUGUGUGAGAGGCAGAGUAAUAGGAAGGGAGUCAGGACGCAUGCAACACGCUGGCUUAUUGGUAACGGGACAACCACAGACACCAAAAGAUUCCUAAUUCUGUACAUGCUAAGGAUAACAAAGACGGGAAAAACAGAGGGAACUGACUUCGUUGGAGCAAAGCGAGGAUUUCUUCCCUGGAGGAAGAGGAGGGGGGGUGGAGGAGUACUUGAUUUCUUUGCUUACUCGCUGAAUAACAUUUUGUACACCGUCGACAUGCAGAGACCCAGUGGCCAAGGGACCGCUUUUUCUAUCGACUCCUUAAUAGGGACACCACAACCCCGAUCUGGGCACCUCCUGUACACCGGCUACCCAAUGUUUAUGCCUUACAGACCUCUUGUUAUUCCUCAAGCUCUGUCCCACUCUCCCCUGCAGUCCGGUAUCCCUCCAUUGGCUCCACUAGCUUCCUUUGCCGGACGUCUCACCAACACAUUUUGUGCCAGUUUGGGGCAAGGAGUACCGUCAAUGGUAGCGCUCACUACCGCCUUGCCUAGUUUCUCCGACCCCCCGGAUAGCUUCUACCCUCCUCAAGAACUGCCUGGACCCAGAAUAACGACAGAUCCCACUGGAAGGAGACAAGAGAGUCCAGAUUCAGAGGAACUACCGGCGCGUGAUAAAGUUUCGGAACUCCUUAGCUUUUCGGAAACUUUUCAAACUAUUACAGGCGAAACAAAAUUAUAUAGUUCGGAUGAUGAGAAACUGGACGUGAAAUCGGCCGAAACUCCUUGCAGCGACAGAGAAGAAGACAGCUCCGUUGACAGCGAGAACGAAAGCGUUUCAGACGGCAAUAACUGCAGUUCAUUAUCAAGGAAGAGUCAACUGAAGUCGGGCUCUCAAGAGCCUCUCCCUCCUGGCAACUCCAGUGGAAAAAGUCGGCGAAGGCGGACCGCAUUCACUAGCGAGCAACUCCUGGAGCUGGAGAAGGAGUUUCACUGUAAAAAAUACCUGUCCCUCACCGAGCGCUCCCAGAUCGCGCAUGCACUCAAACUCAGCGAAGUGCAGGUCAAAAUCUGGUUUCAAAAUCGAAGAGCGAAGUGGAAAAGGAUUAAAGCCGGCAACGUUAACAACCGAUCAGGGGAGCCAGUUAGGAAUCCCAAAAUCGUGGUGCCCAUUCCAGUACAUGUCAACAGGUUCGCAGUCAGGAGCCAGCAUCAGCAAAUUGAACAAACUAGACCAUAAGGAUGCGCAGAAGCAUUGCACGCUCCUGGACAUUUUUUUCUACAAUAUGUGUAUAUGAUUGGAGAUUAGUUUAAUAACAAAGACAACAGGCUUGAAAUCAUUCGCAGGCUCCAAAAAAAGUACCCAAAACAUUACAGAGAUGGGUCUUAACAUAGUUUAACUAAGUUAUAAUUCAUUUAUCCAUGAAGGUCCUGUAAGCCUUUGAGGACCAAAUAUUGUGUAAUUUUAAACUGUUUUCUCAAAAAUAUGACUGGUUACAAGAAGAAAAAAAAUCUGUACGGGCUAGGACGAAUGCAGGAAAAGUCCGAAUUGUGUAUACAAGAAGUUUACUGAGAUUUAUUCUAAGUAUAUUUCUGAUUUGUUUACAUGUUUGAAUAAAUUUAUCAAUGCGAUCUAACCAAGACAAACAUUUGCCUUCUGUCAAACUCUUGAAAUCGUGAAAUAACGAACAUAUGAGCAAACGAACUGAAUGUUUAAUUUUUUUCCCAACUGACUGCACUAAACGUCUAGAAUGACACCCGUACCUGUUGAAUUGAUGCAUUUUAAAUCAAACGGUAAACCUAUUCUACCGCAAUGUUUCGGGGACAAGUAAAUGUUAAUUUAUUUAUUUUAUUAUUGCUGUUAUUAAACAUUUUGUACAUUUGUAAAUAAUCAAGUGUGUUGGUCCAUGACACCAACAGUGCACUAUAAAAUGAAAAUGUAUACAGUCUUUUAAAAUAUUUAUAUGUUGAAGUGUGGCGACAAUGCCACGGAUAUUUUUUGUUUCUCUUCUGAAAUGUUUUCUGUGUAAAUUUUGUGAAUUUGGUGCAUGCUCGCUUAAUUGUAAAAGCUGUUUUUAAUGAUUUCCCUCUUUUUUAUAUAAAUACAGUAUAUUAUAUACUGUGGUGAGUCAAGUUAGGUUUAUUUCCGUAUCAUUUUUAAGUGGUAAGCAUGUAAUUUAAAACCUCUUCGCUAUCGUUUACAGGACAGGUGGACACGUGCUCGGAAACUGAUGUGACAAGAACUAUAGGUGUACUCUAGCAAAAAAGAGAAUUGGAGAAACGAUUGGCUGUACAUAGAGUUUGAAAAGGUUAUUCACGCACAUUUCAAUGUAAAAUAAGUUUCCAUUUGUGGUUUCAAUAAAUUAUUUUCUAACAAAGUAUGCGUCUUUCGUUCUGCAUUGCUUUUAGGUACACUAAACACCGGCUGUUAUUUGAUUCAAUAUGCCUUGUAUAUUUGUGGUAUUUUCGGAUGUGCUCCUGUGGACGCAUGUAAAUAGUAUCCACCUUCACAAUGGGAACAUCCACUGCUCACUUUGUUUAAAAAAUGCACAUCUCUGAGCCGUUUUAUUGAUAUGAUAAUUUUACGUCACACGGUUAGAAUAACCUAAUAAUCCAUCCAUUUUUCUUGGCCACUUAAUCCAAAUUCAUUGUCACAGGCCGACGGAGCUCCUGCCAGUAGCAGCUGGAAUCAAACCUGGACGGGAAAAUAAGCCACGGAGGGGGUCCACUGACUCUCCUACUCGACGCUUGUUUAAGCUGGGCAAACUCGGAGUGCAGAAAAAUAAUAAAAUCACUAAAAUGAGGCAACCUCGAUAACAAUCUUAUUUCCGAGAGUUCUCAGACGGGUUUUCUCUCUUUUUAGACAAUAAUUUGAUUCUUUAUGUUUAGGUCAAGAGAAAUUCUCUUUGGUUAUGCAGUUAAUUUUUAACUCUGUUAGGAAAAACAUUAAUUAUUUGUGAUUGAUUGUUUAUUUAACAAAGUCGAAAAUUAUUAAUCACAGUUACACUGAAAUUAUAUAACAGCUACAAAUAUUUUAGUUUCUUUUUUUAGGGGCAAAAUCAUGAAUUUAUAUGGCAUUUGUUUUUAAUUCUCUCUCUCUCAUCUCCCUCUUUUCUUCCAUCAUGCAGUAUUUAUUUAAAAUACAUGCAUCCAUGCCUUUUGAACUAUGAUCCUCAAACUCACCAUUUACCUUCUAAUAUCAUGUGAGGAGUAUAGGUCAGGAAAUUAUCAUGCAUAUUUUGUAAACUACAAACUAACUCUGUGGCCUAAGUAUUGCGGCCCUCUAAUGCACACUAAUAUUUAGUAUGUUUGACUGGAGCGCUGUGAGUGGAUUCAGUUUUUGUGAAAAGUGAUGCCAGGCCUUCAC